CGCCACUUCCCGUUCCGUUUCGAAGAUGGCAGCCCACUGAUGUAAACAUGCGUGCUGCUUAUCCACAAGCCAAGAGGAGUUAGAAAAAUUAAAACUUGUGGCAUGUUUUCUACUUACGGUGUCGUGUGGUAGUUUUUAAUUUGUCGUUCAGUUCCAGCGAAUGAUUAAUAAACCAUCACGGUUCCUCUUUAGUUUGAGUUUAUUUAGUUUGAGGUGAUUUUACAGCCAUGCCUGCUCAGACCAUCUUCGUGAAGUCUUUACCAGCUUCAGCUUCAAAUGAACGCCUGGAGGAAAUCUUCUCAGAAAUAGGUCCAGUAAAGCAAUGCUUCGUGGUCAGAGAGAAAGGGACGGAGAAAUGUCGCGGGUUUGGUUUUGUCACAUAUUCUAUGGAGGAGGAUGCUCAGCGAGCCAUGAAGGAAAUCAAAGACUACGAGGGACAGAGGCUUUCUCUUUCAGUCGCCAAAAGGAAAAUAACCGACAGAGAAAAGAGAAAAGCAGCAGCCAAAGAACAACCAGCUCCUCCUCCUCCUCCUCCUCCAGCUAAAGACAACGAGCAGAAAUUAAAAGGCUUCAGGAAAACCAGUCUGAAGUCCAGACUCAUCAUAAGGAACCUGAGUUUUAAGUGCUCAGAAGACGACCUGAAGCAAGUUUUUUCCAAGUUUGGAACCGUUCUUGAGUCAAAAAUUCCCCUCAAACCUGAUGGGAAGAUGCGAGGUUUUGCGUUUGUCCUUUUUAAAAAUGUGUGCGAGGCCUCAAGAGCGCUUAAUGCUCUGAACCUCAAGGAGAUCAAAGGCCGACAGGUGGCAGUGGACUGGGCGGUUCCCAAGGACAAGUUUGUUGCCACUCAGCAAUCCUCCACCACAGAAAACAAGAAUACUGAAGAGACGACAGCAAAACAGUCCGACGCAGAGACUGACCCCGAAGAAGACGAGGAAGAGACGAUACAAGAAGCACCUGGCAAGAAAAAAGCCCCUGCAAAAGCAGCUGUUCAGAAGGAGGAAGAAUCCCAAUCAGAAGAUGAAGAUGAUGAUGAGAGCCAGGACAGUGAGGAGGAGGAGGAUGAGGAGGAGGAGGAGGAUGAUGUGUCCCAGGAGGAAGAAGAAAAUAGUGAUGAGGAUAAAGAUGAUGAUAAAGAUGAUGAUGAAGAUGACGAUAAGAGUAAUCUUGAUUCAAGUGAUGAUGAAGAAGACAGCGAGGAUGAAGAUGAUGAUGAGGAUGACCUAAAAGCCAAAAAGAAAACCGCGAGAAAACUUCUCCCGUCCGACGUGCAAGAGGGCAGGACCAUUUUCAUCAGGAAUCUGUCUUUUGACACAGAGGAGGAGGGUCUUGAGGAAGUUCUCCUUCGCUACGGAGAGCUCAACUACAUAAAGAUCGUUGUCCACCCAGAUACAGAGCAUUCAAAAGGUUGUGCGUUUGCUCAGUUUAAGACGAAAGAGGCUGCAGACAAAUGCAUAGCUGCAGCAGAGGAGGAGGCAGAGAACGGUGGCAUCCGCUUGGAUGGCAGGAAGCUGUUUGUAGUGGCAGCAGUGAGCAGAGAAGAUGCCGCCAAGCUGAAAGUGAACAAAGUGAAAGUUGAAUCAGGCACCAGAAACCUGUACCUGGCCAGAGAGGGAUUGAUCCGUGCUGGCACCAAGGCUGCAGAGGGCGUUCCAGAAGCAGACAUGAUUAAAAGAACCAGAUUUGAAGAAAUAAAGAGGACAAAGCUUCAGAGCAUCAGUGUGUUUGUGUCAAAGAAUCGUCUGUGUAUCCAUAACCUGCCCAAGUCAGUGGACAAUAAAAAACUCCGAGCGCUCUGCCUCCAAGGAGUGAAAAGCAGCAAAGGAGUCCGCAUCCCAGAGUGUCGGGUGAUGUAUGACAGGAAGCCAGAGAAGGGUCAGGCGAUGGGACAGUCGUUGGGUUACGGCUUUGUUCAGUUCGACGAGCACGAGCACGCUCUCAGCACGCUGCGUUACCUCAACAACAACCCCGACAUCUUUGGCCCAAACAAGAGACCUAUUGUUGAGUUCUCCCUGGAAGACUCGAGGAAACUCAAAAUAAAAGAGUUGCAAAAACAAAAGAACAAGGAGUUCCUUCAAAAGCAGAAAUCUCAAGGAGGUGCCAAACCUCAGCCCAACACAUCUGAAGGUGGAAAUAAAGCUCACUCCUCAUCACAGCAGACUAAAAGGCAGAACGCUCUUCCUCAGCAACCGAGAAAAGACAGAAACUAUUACGGCUUCCAGACCAAACCUGAGGUCGAGCACGUCAGUUUAGAAAACGGGAAGAAACGAAAGAAGGUCCUGACUUUUCCUUCCCACCAUGGACCCAAGAUCAGAAUGCGUGACAAAGGAAAACAAAAGGCUCCGCCACCCAACAAAACAAGGCCUGGAAUCAGCAGGAAAGAGACUCAAAAACGGCAGAUGGAAAAGCCCACACAGUCCAGAAACCAGGCUAAACAAGCGAAGAAGCAAUUCAAGAGGAGGGACGGGGACCGCUUUGACAGCCUGGUGCAGCAGUACAAGAAGAAACUGAUGGGGAACAGUGACAAUAACACCAACAUGAAGAGAAACAAGUGGUUUAAUAGUUAAUACUGUAUGUGUGUUUUUGUGUAUGUACGUGUGUGUGUGUGUGUGUGUGAGAGAGACAGUGAGAGAAAGAGAAAACGAAAGUAAGGCCACCUCCUCUGUGUCCAUCCUUUAGGUUUCAACUGAAGCACAGCAGACGUCUCGUACUAGUUGUGUGUUUUGUAAUGGACGGGAUGUUUUGCUCAUUAGUUAGAUUUAACUUCCUGUCGUCCUCCUCUGUAAUCAAUUCUACCACAAGUUUCAGAUUGAUCCAAGUGUAAUUAUAUUUUGUGUGUACAUGACUUCUUUUGAAAAUAUACUAAAAACCCUUGUUUUUUUGUUUUAAA